UUUCUCUCUCGUUUUUGUUUGCCCUUCGUCUUUCCUGCCUCCGACCUCUCACGCGCGUUUCUCUCUCUAGGGCCCUCUCUCUCGCGUUUCUCUCUCUAGAGCCCUCUCUCUCUCGCGUUUCUCUCUCUAGAGCCCUCUCUCUCGCGCGUCUCCUUCUCUCUCUGUUGGCAAUCUUAGUGACAAUGGGGAGUGACGACAAUCUAAAGACAUGGGUAUCAGAUAAGUUGAUGUCUCUACUGGGAUAUUCUCAGCCCACAGUUGUCCAGUACAUGAUUGGACUAUCCAAGCAAGCUACUUCUCCAGCUGAUUUGGUGGGCAAACUAGUGGAGUUUGGGAUCUCGUCAAUGGACACUCAUGCAUUUGCGGAAGAAAUUUACUCAAGAGUUCCUCGUAGAUCAUCUGGUAUAAAUCAAUAUCAGAAACAAGAGAGAGAAGCUGCAAUGUUGGCGAGGAAGCAGAAGACUUACUCAAUUUUGAAGGCUGAUGACGAUAGUGACGAUGACUAUGUAGAUAAAUCUUCAGUAACUACUGCAUCAUCUAGAAGCUCUGACAAGCAUAAAAAACGUUUCAGGAAGAAAACUGAAGUUCAAGAUGAUCAAGAUGAUGAGGUAAUUUUGAGAAAGGAAAAGGAGAGACAAGUUAAGAGAAGAACUUCCCCUGAUGAAGAUAGUGAUUCUGAGUCCGAAGAAGAAAGAUUGAAAGAUCAAAGAGAGAAGGAGGAAUUAGAGCAGCAUAUGCGAGAAAGAGAUGCAGCAGGGACACGGAAGUUGACUGAACAAAAAUUAACACGAAAGGAGGAAGAAGAGGCAAUUCGAAGAUCUAAAGCUGCAGAGCAGGAUGAUAUUCAAUCUUUGAGAAAGGUUUCAAGGCAAGAAUACUUGAAGAAAAGGGAGGAAAAGAAAUUAGAAGAACUGAGAGAUGAUAUAGAAGAUGAGCAAUAUCUAUUUGAAGGUGUGAAGCUUUCAGAAGCAGAAUAUCGCGAACUGAGGUACAAGAAAGAGAUAUAUGAACUUGUGAAAAAGCGGUCAGAGGAGGCUGACAAUGCGAAUGAGUAUAGAAUGCCAGAAGCUUAUGAUCAGGAAGGUGGUGUUAAUCAGGAGAAGAGAUUUUCUGUGGCUAUGCAGCGUUACAGGGAUCUAAAUGCUGAGGAUAAGAUGAAUCCAUUUGCUGAACAAGAGGCUUGGGAAGAACACCAAAUUGGAAAGGCAACACUGAAGUUUGGUUCAAAAAAUAAAAAACAAGUCUCUGAUGAUUAUCAGUAUGUGUUUGAGGACCAGAUUGAUUUUAUCAAGGCAUCAGUAAUGGAGGGAGAUAAGUUUGAUUAUGAAGAGAUGGAAGAUUCACAUGAAAAAUCCAAAGCGAAGUCAGCUUUCGAGGCACUUCAGGAGGAGAGGAAAAAGUUACCUAUGUUCCCUUAUCGGGAUGAAUUGCUCGAAGCUGUUCAUAAUCACCAGGUACUUGUAAUUGUUGGAGAAACUGGUUCCGGAAAGACAACACAGAUCCCCCAAUAUCUUCAUGAAGCUGGCUACACAAAGCGUGGAAUGAUUGCAUGUACUCAGCCACGACGUGUUGCGGCUAUGAGUGUUGCUGCUCGAGUUUCUCAAGAAAUGGGUGUUAAAUUAGGACAUGAGGUUGGUUACUCCAUCCGUUUUGAAGAUUGUACAUCAGAGAAGACUAUUCUGAAAUACAUGACUGAUGGAAUGUUACUGAGGGAAUUUCUUGGUGAGCCGGAUUUGGCAAGUUAUAGUGUUGUGAUGGUGGAUGAGGCUCAUGAAAGAACACUCUCAACUGAUAUUCUGUUUGGAUUAGUGAAGGAUAUUGCUCGUUUCCGGCCUGAUCUCAAGCUGCUGAUAUCAAGUGCUACACUUGAUGCAGAGAAAUUCAGUGAUUACUUCGAUUCUGCGCCAAUAUUCAGAAUUCCAGGGAGACGAUAUCCUGUUGAAAUAAGCUAUACCAAAGCUCCAGAAGCUGACUACUUAGAUGCAGCUAUUGUCACAUCACUUCAAAUCCAUGUCACUCAACCUCCUGGAGAUAUAUUGGUAUUCCUUACUGGUCAAGAAGAAAUUGAAACGGCAGAAGAAAUCUUGAAGCAUCGAACUAGAGGCUUGGGGACUAAAAUUUCUGAGUUAAUAAUAUGCCCUAUAUAUGCCAACCUUCCAACUGAACUACAAGCUAAAAUAUUUGAACCCACUCCCGAAGGGGCACGAAAGGUUGUCCUUGCUACUAAUAUUGCAGAAACGUCAUUGACAAUUGAUGGGAUCAAGUAUGUUAUUGAUCCAGGAUUCUGUAAGAUGAAAAGUUAUAAUCCAAGAACAGGAAUGGAGUCUUUGCUAGUAACUCCCAUCUCAAAAGCUUCAGCAAAUCAAAGAGCUGGUCGUUCUGGAAGAACGGGUCCUGGAAAGUGCUUCCGACUGUAUACUGCAUACAAUUAUCACAAUGAUUUGGAUGAUAACACUGUACCAGAAAUACAGCGGACUAACCUUGCAAAUGUAGUUUUGACUUUAAAAAGUCUUGGUAUUCAUGACUUAUUGAACUUUGAUUUUAUGGAUCCUCCACCUGCUGAGGCCUUAUUGAAAGCUUUGGAGCUUCUAUUUGCAUUAAGUGCGUUAAAUAAGCUUGGUGAAUUAACUAAGGUGGGUAGACGGAUGGCAGAGUUCCCACUUGAUCCAAUGUUGUCAAAAAUGAUAGUGGCUUCAGAAAAUUACAAGUGUUCAGAUGAUAUCAUUUCUAUUGCUGCUAUGCUUUCGGUUGGAAACUCAAUAUUUUACCGUCCAAAAGAUAAACAAGUACAUGCAGACAAUGCAAGGCUGAAUUUUCACACUGGAAAUGUGGGAGACCAUAUGGCGCUGCUAAAGGUCUACAAUUCAUGGAAGGAGACCAAUUAUUCAACGCAAUGGUGUUAUGAGAAUUAUAUACAGGUAAGGAGUAUGAAACGGGCUAGGGAUAUUCGUGAUCAACUGGCAGGUCUUUUAGAGAGGGUUGAGAUUGAACUAACUUCAAAUGCUAAUGAUUUAGAUGCCAUCAAGAAAUCCAUUACAUCUGGGUUUUUCCCACACUCUGCACGGCUGCAAAAGAAUGGAUCAUAUCGAACUGUUAAACAUUCACAGACUGUUCACAUACAUCCUAGUUCGGGGCUGGCUCAGGUUCUUCCCAGAUGGGUUGUAUACCAUGAACUAGUACUCACAACCAAGGAAUAUAUGAGACAGGUGACGGAGUUGAAGCCAGAGUGGUUGGUGGAGAUAGCCCCCCACUAUUACCAGCUUAAGGAUGUUGAAGACUCAUAUUCGAAGAAAAUGCCUCGUGGAGCAGGACUUCCAUCGUAGGACAGAUUGUUGGCAUCUUUACAUAUGCUUUGGGAGGAGAAAGUACUUUUAUCAAGUCAUUUUGGGGGGAUAAAAAAGUGUCAUUCUUAAACAUGGGAGACGUAUUGUAAAUAUUUUUUCGCCGUAAUUUAUACUCAUGCAUAUUAUAUCUUGUUGAAAUUAGCUUAGCCUGUAGUAACCCUCACUUGCUAUAGUAGCUCUCCCUUGGUGAGUGGUGAUAUCAUUUACAUACAAAUUUUGUCAUCUAAGUUUCAGUUUCAUUUUUUUUGUAACAAGUGCCAUCUAUAAUUCAAUUUUGUUAGUAUUGCUAGUUUAAUAUUGUAUACAUUUCUUAAAGGGCACUGUUUUAACCCAGAAAUAUUCAGAGCGGCAUGUAUUUACUUCUGAUGAUUGUACAGAUUUCAUUUGAUCUGGCAAAUGCCUUUUCAAUAUUGUUCCCUAUCAGUUUGAUUUUAUUUAUAACGCGUGACUUGUUCUGCCAA